CUUGCCUGUAUGCAAAGCUCCUGAGGGAGCGUCAGCGGCUUCUAUUGGAGGACGAGGCGCACACUGACUCCUCAGCACUCAGAGCAGACAUCCAUCUUCCUCCUGAAGGAGACUUUUCAUGAUGGGAAACAGCAGCACAGCUCCAUCAUGCACCAAUAUGUGCAGCGUCAGCAGCAACAUGUCUGCAGGAUCUAACUUCAGCUUCUUGUCCCUGUUCUUUGAUUUAUCCGGGGCCGGUUUCUCAGACAUGAUGAACCACUGUCACGUUCAGAGUGGCUCCCUCGGCUGGUUCGGAGUCAAGAUCUUCAUCCUGCUGACGGCGUUUCCGGCUAAUGCGGCGUUGAUGAUGAUGAUGCUGAUGUACAGGAGGAAAUCCAUGACGCCAUCGGAGGUGUUGGGGUUCAACGUGUCGAUCAUGGACGUCCUGUACUGCCUCAGUCUGCCUCUGGACCUGUACUCCACCCUGCACCACACAUCUGACUCCGUCAACUAUGCCAAAGACACUCUGUUUGCCCUCAAUGUGUUCGGCUGCCCACUGCUGCUCACCUUCAUAUGUUUGGAGCGCUACGUAGCGGUGGCUCAGCCCAUCUCUUACAUCAGACUGGGCAGGAUGGCGUACCGAGUGGUCCUGUGCACCUGUGCCUGGAUCCUCACCCUGACCGUGGCCCUGCUGGGGUACUUUGUGGGUCUGUUCUCCAUGCUUCUGUGUUUGUCCGUCAUCAUCUCGCUGCUCUUCCUGAUCAUGCUGCUGUGUCUGCUCAAGAUUGUGGUGGUGUUGCGUCAGAGCGGGCCGGGUGAAGGUUCUGGAUCGAGUGUGCCGCUAAAGAGGAGGGCUCUGAAGAACAUCGUGGCGGUGACGGUGCCAGCGGUCGUAGCGUACACUCCUCUGGUGGCUCUGGUUCCUUACAUGGCGGUGAUCACGUCUACUCACCAGACCACCAUCAGUCCCGCUCAGUGUACCGUCCUGCAGGUUCUGCUGCUCUUCCCAAACUUUGGCCUGUUCAUCGGCCCCUUGUUCUACCUGUCCCGCCUCCAACAGGUGAGCUGCUGCAGCAAAGACAAGCAAAGCCAAACCGACAAAAUUCAGACGGAGUAGAUCAUCAUCUCUAUGACGCCUGUAAACCUCAGUGUCAUGAUGAUUGUGAUGUGAGCUGUUUUUGAUACUUGUUGUGUGCUGUUAAAUUCUUUUGAUUUUUCAUCUGUUUUCUCUACAUUUCUUGCAUUCUAAGAUCCCCUCGAAAACGAGAUGACAGAGAAUAAAGAGUUUCACAGAUCUGCAGCUCAUCUUUAUGUUUUAUGAACGUCUGAAUGUGUGAAUCUGUGACUUCAGGUCUUUGUGUGAAAGGUUAAAAAUAAACAACUCUUUAAGGUGUUUCCUUCCUGUGACUGAGGAGAAAAUGAACCCUCUCCAGCUGCUCAGCUCACAAACCAAAACAUGCAAAUCUAAAACACACUGAGCGUCACAUUUCUGCUGAGCUCGAGUCAAAUGGAGAAUCUUCAUAACCUGAACAAACUGAGGGAAACAAUCAGCCUCCUGUGUCAGCACCUGUC